AUGCGAUUCUCCGUUCUCACCUUGAUCGUUGCCACCACCACUCUGGCGGCUGCGAGCCCCAAACCUAAGCCACCAUGCGGCACUUGCAAUCCGGUGUCGGGGAAGAACCGGUGCGAUGUCAGUACCUCGUGUAUUAACACUGGAACAUCCUUCCACUGUGCCUGCCGUGCCGGCUACAAGGCAUCGCCGAACAACAACAAUGUAAACAAGCAGUUCCGCUUGCCGAUGCCGAAUUAUGAGUUCCUCGUCUUCGUUCCGGAGAACACCCCUUGCAACACAUUGUGCAGCAACCCCAUGGCUCCCCCUUCGGGGCUUUGCAAUGAGGUCCCGCUCUACAACCAGUGCCCGGCGUAA